CUUAAUAUUUGGUCCACAUCCUGGUAUCUAGGGUUGGCCUUUUCUCCGGAGAUCACGAUGCGGUUCAAGCAGACGGGAUAUGAACGAUCGGAACAGCGGUUUGCUCCAGAGUCCGCGAUGGCCUGAUUGUGAACUGUCUCAGCGACUACGUGGUCCCGCUAUAUACGCCCACUUUUAAAUGCUUCCGGCUCCGCUGCCGCCUCCGACCGACCAACGCCGUACCCUCCCAAGUUCCUCGUCCGACGUUCCUACCGCCAACGCCGCAGCUGGGAGAGCCGAGGAGCGUACCGACGUAUCCCCCUGUGCUGCCCCAGGUCCACUCGGUCGCCCAACCGCCUGCUAUCGCCGGUCCGAGCAAUCCAGCGCAGGGACAGGGAAGACAUGACAUUGUCGGGCAG